AUGGUUCCCAAGAAGGUGUUCAGAUGGGCGGGCCGCUAUCGCGUCAUAUUCUCUGGGCCAAAAUCCCUCGACCACUGCUUGCUUCUGGCUCGGUCUCUUGGCGUGAUAGCGGCGCUCUGCCACCGGUCGCUCAACGUGGCGCUCGACUUCACGCGCAAGCUGGCGUGGAACGGCACGCUGCGGCGACUAAGCACAUAUCACGGCCUAGAAGGAAGGAUUACGCGGUUACAAUUAUGCGGUCACACGCGAGAUAUUGGUUGCUGGCUGGAUCCGACUUGA